UCGGGGUUUUUCACGUGAGCGACCAGUUGGCAGUUUUCAACCGUAUGGAUCUGUGUUGGUUUUCGUUUUUCUUGAUUUUGUGUUUUUAAAAGUUUUCUUAAACUAAACCUACGCAUCUUCCGUUAACUUUACCGUUAUUGUGUGUUUGCUUGUGGAGAGGCAUGUGGGAAGAGAGGAGGCAGGCUUCGGGCUUUGCAGAGGGCAGAAAAAGUGCAGUGACGUUGUUUCGGGUUUCAGACUGAGUCUUUGUGUCUGUCUUCUGGUGCUGGGGAUGUUUUGUGGUUUUUUUUUCGUGUGUUUUAAGCAUUUUGUUUUAAAUAUUGCGUCUUCUUAACUUUGCUAAGCUUUUGUCAGGCUUCAUUUUCCGCCCCCUCCCUCCUCACGUCCAGCCCCUUAUAGCCAUCACCAGUCUUCUGUCUCUUCAUGUCAUCUAAAGCAGCGGCUUCCUGUGCAGAAAACGUGUCAAUUUCUGCUUCCACAAGAGUGAACAAACAAGCAUGCACACCUAUAAAUGGUUUUUGGAGCGUUUUGGUGUCGUCUUUUUGGUUUGCAGACACUUUCUGACGCUGGUUCCCUCAGAGAGGGAGUCCUGUGCUGUCAGUCUAGCGCUGCUGGGGUGAGGGUUAUCAGUGGAGCGCCGCACUCAAAUGAGGGCAACAUUACACCCGGUUUAAAUGUCGCUUUGGGCACUGGGCUGGAAUGGUUCAAAAUGGCGCAACAAUGGGAGGUUCUCCAGCGUUAAACCCGAUCCGUUUGCUGCUCCCAGCGGUGACAUUUUUAAUGACAAAAUGCAACAUCUAUAAAUCUAACGGGUUAUUUCACUGACCAAGUGUGACUGUGGGACUUUGUAUAAAUCUGUGUUUGGCUCAGUCUUGUGUCCGAAUGGUUUGGUUCCUUGCGUGUGUGUGAUUUCUGGGAUCAGAUGCGUACUCGCUGGGUUUCGUUGGACUAAGUUUUUGGCUGCGCUGUGGACAAAAGGGCUGAACUAAAGGCGCAGGGGCAGGCCAGCCUUUCCUGGACGUCAUCCCUCUGUUUUUUUUUCUAAAAGCUCCUUUCAUGUUCGAGUGACAGAAUCAUGUGAACAAGACCUUUUUUAAGGGUGGACCUGGUCAUGGAGAUUGUGAAGGUUUGGAGCGAGGAUGGUGCCGGCAAAGUGGUGGAGAUCCCGGCAGACAUGACAGCGAGAGAUGUGUGUCAGCUGCUGGUCUACAAGAGCCACUGCGUGGACGACAAUGCCUGGACGCUGGUGGAGCACCACCCUGUCCUCGGCCUCGAGAGGUGUCUGGAGGAUCAUGAACUGGUGGUUCAGGUUCAAGCCUCCAUGAGCAGCGACAGUAAAUUCCUCUUCAGGAAGAACUAUGCCAAAUAUGAAUUCUUCAGGAACCCCCUGAACUUUUUUCCAGAGCAUAUGGUGGCUUUGUGUCAUGAGUCCGAUGGUUCAAUCCCUCAAGCACAGCUCUUACAGAAUUUUCUGAACUCCAGCAGCUGUCCAGAGAUCCAGGGCUAUCUUUAUGUGAAGGAGCCAGGAAGGAAGUCCUGGAAGAAGCUCUACAUGUUCCUGCGACGCUCAGGCCUUUAUUACUCCACUAAAGGAACGUCAAAGGAACCCAGACAUCUGCAGGUCCUCUCAGAUCUUGAGGACAGCAACAUUUAUACCAUCAUCACCGGGAGGAAACUUCACAACGCCCCGGCAGACUACCAGUUCUGCAUCAAGCCCAGUAAAGCCAGGAGUGACUGUAAGGAGCUCAAGAUGUUGUGUGCCGAGGACGAACAGAGCAGGACAUGCUGGAUGACUGCCUUCAGACUGCUCAAGUAUGGGAUCGUCCUGUACCAGAACUACAACGUGCCGCAGCAGAGGAAGGCCAACAACUCGUCUUUCUCUGCACCUGUGCGGAGCGUAUCCGAGAACUCCCUGGUUGCCAUGGACUUUUCGGGAAGAACCGGCCGUGUUAUUGACAAUCCGGUGGAGGCUCAGAGCGCCGCCCUGGAGGAGGGACAAACUUGGAGGAAAAGAACCCACCGCAUGAAUGUCCUGGGCAGCCCCAGCCCCCUGCACCCCUCCUCUCUGAGCUCAGUGAUCCACAGGACACAGGUCUGGUUCCACGGUCGUAUCAUGAGGGAGGAAGCUCACAAGAUGAUCAUACAGCAAGGCCAAGUGGACGGGUUGUUCCUGUUGCGGGACAGUCAGAGUAACCCCAAGGCGUUUGUGCUCACCUUGUGCCACCACCAGAAGAUUAAGCACUUCCAGAUCCUACCGGUUGAGGAGGACGGUCAGGUGUUCUUCAGCCUGGAUGACGGCGCCACCAAGUUCACGGACCUGAUCCACCUGGUGGAGUUCUACCAGCUCAACAGAGGAGUGCUGCCCUGCAAGCUCAAACACCCCUGCACCGCUGUGGCCUUGUGACACUUCACCCACCCGACACAGCGCCCCCCCCCCCUUUUUUUGCACAUCAGAUUAAAAUAAACCCUCUCCCCAACACCGACCCCACCCCCACCCCAUGCCCCUUUACCAACUCGGUGGGGUUAAGGAGAGAGAGAGAAAAGGAAGACCCUUGUUUUGGGAGGUGAGCGGGGCGGUCCCUAGCUCGUGGCGGUUUUGGACGCGUUGUGCGAUCGUUGUCCAGCUCCUGUGAUGUUUCCUGGAGAUCCGGUAGAUUUGUUAAACACCAAAAGUUGUGAGAACACAAGACCACUAAAGCGACGUCUUUACAGCUGGAGGGUUGAGGGUCUUGAAUGAACCCCUGCCUCAGAAUCGUCAAACCCCCCCUUUCCCCCCAGCCAUCCCCCACCUCCAGGCCGGAUAAGCUGUGGUGCCCGCCCCACCCUAGCUCCCCUCACCCCUGAGGCGGGCAGGGAGCACCACCCUCUGACUUCCUCACUGAUUAUCAGGGAUGGACGGGAACCUCUGGGAUCCAGGAGUUUCUCAACCUGUGCAGUCCAGUCUGGAUAAGCUGCCCCCCCUCCCCCAUUCAACACCUAUCCACAACACCCCCUUUCUGGUGCGCCCGUCUCCUCCACAGCAGCUCGGACAACAGUCGGAACGGAAGGAAGCGGCCGAAGGCGCGAUGAGCAGAGCAGCGGCGAGGGUUUGCUAAAAAGAAAAAAAAAAAAAAAAAGGACAGAGGAAUGUUUAAUCAGGAAGGCCGUAACACGCCUCUCUUGUAGAGUUAAUUACUUGAUGUCAUUUAAUGCUGUUUUAUUCAUGUCGAUUCAAUGCAGAACUAGUUUUGCACUCCUGGGCGGACAGACAACGGCUCUCUAGCUAAAUGAAGCUGCCUCCUCUUUCUCCUCCGCUCUGCAAAGCGUGCAUGUGAAAUUCCACCAGCUCUGAUUGGACGACAGCGGCGUGGGAGCAGAGAUGCAGCUGAUAGUGCAGCUCCUAUCAGAGGGCUUUGGGAAGCUCCUCAGACCUCCGUGUAGCUCGCAGCACCAACACCCGCACCACCGCGAUGAAUGAAUGUGCUCCUGAACCAGCUGCAGCUCCUCUAGACUCUGAGGAAGAGGAGGAAGACUAUUUUAUAGACUCCUUAAAAAAGUAUCCCCAACCCCCCCCAAGCUUCUACCAUUUCGUUGUUUUUUUUUGUUUUUUUAAUCAAAAGGGUUAUAUUUGUGGGUGAAUCUGUCUUUGAAUGUUUUUAUUUUUCCUGAGUCUAAUCAGAGUUCAGUGCUUGCACAUUUGAAUCAUUCUGAUGGUGGUUGGAGCGGUCCCGUUCGGGUUCUCACCACUCUUCCCUCCUACAAAGCAACAAAAGCACUCUCGUAACUUUCUUUUGUUUUUUUUUUUAACUUUAAAUAUGGAAUUUGAACAAAUGACUUGAAACGUGGGCUCGGUCGUUCGUGGUCGACUGAGCUUCACUUUGCCUUAAGUGAAAAUGAUGAGCCAUGUGUCUGAAAUUGAAGAAGCUAUCUAAAAAUGCACAUACAGUGAGAAGUUUGGGAUUGGAGGAGGGCUGGAAGGACAUGGUGAGUGAUUCUGUGAACCAGUAUGUUGAGGGAUAGAGCUAGAUAUUGGGAAAUUAUCUCGUUUGCUAUAUUUUUUGCCACUUUUAGAGCUGUAUGCUAGAUAUGGACGUGUUUUUUUUUAUUUACGCUUGUAAAUUUAUUAAAAUAAUCAGAGAUUUAAGUUGAACAAAAGCUUGAAUUUUACUCUUGAGAUAUAAACUUAUAUUUAAGUUACACAGAAAUGAAAAGGCACGUUUUUUUUUUUUUUUUUUUUUUUAUACAAAGUUUCCAGAUCUCAUUUCUGUUACUUCUGUAAUAUUUUGAGCGAAAAAUUCAAGUUUUUUUUUUGUCCUGAAUUUUAUCUCCAUUUCUGCUAUUUCUUUCAGUAGCUUUUUUAGACAGUGAUAUUUUCCAUGCUAAGUUAGCAGCUUUAUCUUUAGCCUCCAAAUUCACGUACAUGUUAGAAACUUUUGAAGUAAAUUACAUGAACUUAGCAGCACAAGUGAACGUGGGCGUGUUUACAUGCACUGCAUGGAUUCUAACAUUAAGCCAGAUUUGAAGAACUCCUAACUGACAUGUGUUGAUCUCCAAAAGUGCCAAAACGUCAUAAAUGAACCAUUAAACUAAUUUAGAUUUUAUUACAAUAAAAGUUGUUCAAAAAAUAAUUUAAACAUUUAAUUCCCUUAUAAAAUACACAAGUAUUUAUGUGAAACGUAUUUAAAAUAAGUAUUUAUUCAAGUAUUUCUUCUGCAGGGUGCUGAAACGCUCUUUAAAUGUUGCCGUGGCCGACCUUAAAAACAAAUUCCAGAUGCUUUCAACUCAUUUGAUAAGAAAAGAAUAAAGACUUUUUUUUUAAACCAAAAUAUAUUUCUGAUUGAAUUAAAAUUUGAAUAAAUGUGUGCCUCUUUUGUAUUUAAUUAAAUUAUUUUAUAAUAAUAAGUAAUCUCCUUAAUGAUUUUUUUUUUCUGAAUUUGGGCACUUUUGGACUUCCAUAUUAAACAGACUUGCGUCAUAAAAUUGAUGAAUUCAGUGAAAUCACCUAACAAUUUACUGCAGCAUCCUUCAGUCCUUUAUGCAGCUCAGUGUUUUCCUCCUGAUGAAGGGUUCUGGUCACAUUAAACAGGACGACUCACAUCUGCCUGAUUCAUACAAACAUACAGGAAACACAAGAGAAGAAGCCAAUUAUGCCACGUUUUAAUCUUUACUAAUAAUAUCCUAAAUGCUAUCAUGGUGUUAAUGAUGAGGUUGCAGAUGAGCUUGAAUUGGGGGUUGGUGGGGAAAACAAAAAUGGUAAAAGAAACACAGCAUGUAAAAUAUGACAGAGGACAUUUGAACUUUUAAACAUUUUUAAUAAAAUAUCUUCCAGGAAAUUUAUAGAUCAUUGAAAAAAAAAACAUACUGAUCCAGCACCUAUAAAUCAAUACAGAAAUGGUUUCUAGAGUAAAGAUAAGACUGACUGGAUGAGCUGAAGAAGAGAGGAUCUUUAUAGGAGAAAGGGUUUAGUGAUGCCUCUCUCUGUAAGGCGGUUAUAUAAAGUGUUAAUAACUGGCCAUGAUGGCUGUAACUGGACUGUUGGUCUAUUAGACGGUAAAGAUUAUAAAAGUUAUGUCCUUUUUUAUUCCGCUGGCAGAAAACUGGGGUCUUCAUAGG